GGCGGGGAGGAUGAUGGAGGCCUUCGGGCUGCUGGACGUGGCGUCGCGCCCCGCCAUCUCCCCCCCCGGCCCCGCCGCCCACCCUCCCCUGUGGCUCGGCGGGCCCUCCGCCCCCUUCCUCCUCCCGCCGCCGGGCUGCGCCCCCGCGGAAAAGCCGCCGCCGGGUUACGCGGGCGCGGAGCGGGGCUGGCCGGCUCCGCAGGAGUGCCUGCGCCCGGCCAGGCCGCCUUACUCCUACUCGGCGCUGAUCGCCAUGGCCAUCCACAGCGCGCCGGGCCGGCGGCGCACCCUCAGCCAGAUCUACCAGUUCGUGGCCGAAAACUUCCCCUUCUACAAGAAGAGCAAGGCGGGCUGGCAGAACUCCAUCCGCCACAACCUCUCCCUCAACGACUGCUUCAAGAAGGUCCCGCGGGACGAGGGGGACCCAGGCAAAGGCAGCUACUGGACCCUCGACCCCAACUGCGAGAAAAUGUUCGAUAACGGGAAUUUUCGGAGGAGGAGGAAGAGGCGGGCCGAGGCUGAGGGGGCCGCGGGGAGCGGCGGGGGCCCGCGGGCGGCCUGUCCCGGCGGCCGGGCGUGAGCGGAGCUGCCGGGCUGCGCGAACGCCCGAGAGAGGCAUAUUUUUGUAAAGCGAUACAAAGUUCUGGAUCCAAAACUCCAUAUUUUCACUUUGAGACUGUUUGCCCUGGGACAGUACACCAUUGCAGGACCCUGAAAAUGCAGAAAAAAACACACCAAGGAGAAUCCCAGGAGGCUGCAGGUGCUUCGGGUCAUCGUUAGCAGCUCAGCUGGAUCCUGUGUUGGGGAAGUGCAUGGAGAGCUCAGUGAAAGGACCACGCUGCCUUGCCAGAACUUUUCUUCAGGGAUCCUCUAAGAUGAUGAUUCAAUGUGUGCAUGGAGGCCAUCAUUUGUAUUUCGUUGUGCUUCUGUUGUACUCUAAUUCUAUUUUUGUGUGUUGGAAAGAAAAGGAGAAAAAAUUUAAAUAAAUCAGUCUUAAUUGGA